AUGACGCUCCAUCGAGACACUUUAAUAUCGCGCACACGGAGCCGCGCUCCCGGCGGAACAAGAUGCGAUUACGGAACACCUAAUAUCGGAAUGCAGGAACAUCUAAUAUCAGAAUCACGGAACUUGUUCCGCCACGCGCCGCGUGCACGGAAUGCGGCCGCCCGCAAUCCGCGGCGCACGUACCCGCCUCGUUCGGCUUUCAAUCUAACUUUGCUCCUUGCUUUGCUUUCUUGGCAUCUAGGGCUGGCCCAA